AUGGGCGUAGGGAAAAGCGUCGAACGACCUGAAUGUUCCGCGCGCCCCCCCCCCCCCCCCCCCCCCCCCCCCCCCCCCCCCCCCCCCCCCCCCCCCCCCCUCGCUGCUGCCCGAGCCACCCUGCAGCCCGCGAGCCGCCUCUACAGCGCCGAUGCUUCCCCUCCUAGGCGGGAGCUGCCCUCUCCCCAGCAGCUCCGAGAGUGGUACGCUAGGCGCUGCAGUCUCCGGAGUGGCGCUCCCGGUGUCGUGGACUCUGGAGCUUCUGGAGCUGCUGGAGGUGCUGCUGCUGCUGGCGGUGCGGCUGGCGCUGCUGGAGGUGCUGCUGGUGCUGCUGGCGCUGCUGGAGGUGCUACUGGUGCUGGAGCUACUGGAGCUGCUGGUGGUACUGCUGCUGCUGGCGGUGCUGCUGGCGCUGCUGGAGGUGCUGCUGGUACUGGUGCUGCUGGAGCUGCUGGAGGUGCUGCUGCUGCUGGUGGUGCUGCUGGCACUGCUGGAGGUGCUGCUGGUACUGGAGCUGCUGGGGACCCUGCUGCUGCUGGCGGUGCUGCUGGAGCUGCUGGGACUGGCCCUGCUGAGGGGGUUGGAGCUGGAGCGUGUCCCACUGCCGUCUCCACCAGCGUCCUCUCUUCCUGCUCUUGCUGA